AUGAGAUCGGUUCUCGGAAAGCUGGCCCCUUUCGCCGGAGUGACAGUAACACCACCACCUUCCUCCCUUCCGCCUUUAUUUUCUACAGUUCAAAUCUUCAAUCCCCUCAAACUCCAAAGCUGCCCUUCUCGAUACCCACAGAGAAUAAAUCUCCCAACUAAGAGAUUCUUCUUCAUUUCGGCCUCUGCAACUAACGGUAAUAACGGGAACGGAGGAAAUGAUAACAAAAACGACCCUUUGAGCAAAGAAGCGGAAGGAAUCGAGGAGAAUGGGUCCAAGAAGAAUAACGGCGAACCCGUCGGCGGUAACGGCGGUGGGGGAACCGGCGAGAACAGACGUCCCAGGUUGAAUCUUAAGUGGGUUGAUCUGUUGCUGGACCCGGACCCGGAUAAUGUUGUGGCCGUCGGAUUGACAGGGGUGCUUGCCUGGGCCAGUGUUCAGGUGCUAUGGCAGCUGUUUGUGAUAUCCAUAGCCAUUAUGUUGGCAGCUCUGAAAUAUUCCUUUGUCGCUGCUCUUCUCAUCUUUAUCCUCAUUACCCUUCUUUAG